AUGAUUUGGACUGACUGGGGAAGCGCUCCCAAAAUUGAAAAAGCUUCCCUGAGCGGACAGCAAAGAGUCGCCAUCGUUACAAAAGAAGUCUACAGGCCGAAUGGAAUUGACCUCGACAGAGGAGGCAAAAGAGUCUAUUGGGUAGAUGCCGGUUACGACAGAGUGGAAUCGGUCGACUACAAUGGUGACAACAGGAAACUGCUUUUUGAGAGGCAUAGCCUACAUCCAUUCGGAAUGACGUUGAUCCCUCCUUUCCUGUUCUUUACUGACUGGGUGACAUACAGGGAGUUGCACAUGCUGGACGCUACUACCGGAGAGGUACUCAAAAGUUUCAGUAUUAAUGGUGGGCGACCUAUGGGAAUUGUUGCAUACGACAGUGGGCGACAACCAGCAGGUAAUCUUAAGGAGGCUAUUGGCUACUCAUGAAUUAGGUUCCCCUCAUCAAACAUUGUUGGUAAUCACCUGUGGAAGUCAAGAGGUAUUGACGACGUCCUGGACAUUAUUGUAGCGUUGAGUCUCGGUGCAUUUCAUAAAGAGGAUAUCAAAUGGAGGCUAGCAACGUUAUCAUUAUUGUGUCUGCCAUGAGUGAGGGCACUAAAAAAUAUUUUCCGUUCGUGAAGAGCUGAUGUACAUUUCAAAAACAUUUUCCCACUUUCGACCCAAAAGAAAAGCUUGCAAACUGGAAGGUAUAUGGUAAACAAAGCUAUCAGUCGUACUAGUACGUUCUUUUCCGUUCACACUUUUCAUGAUCAAUCGCCUAAAUUUGCAUUCCUUUUCAGAAUUUGGAUUAAAGUAUAUGAGGAAGUGGAGGUUAAAAUAGUCAGUGGUGUUGGUGUGCAGCUUAUGAAAUAGCUGUAUGGUCGACAGUAUAAACUGCACGAUUUUACGCUAAAAAUUUUUCUUUCUUAAGCUUCAGGUCCUUGCUCUGUAAACAAUGGAGGAUGCAGUCAUUUCUGUGUUCCUAAGGCGUCCAACCAUGAAUGCGUGUGUCCUACGGGCCUAGCAGUAAAGCAAGAUGGAAAGACGUGUGAAGAAAGUAAGAAAACUGUUAAUUGAUUUCUGGAGAUAAUGCAUAGAUACUAACAAAGUUAUGUCAGCCCUUUCAAGUAAAAUACAAUAGUACUUGUCUGCUUGUAAUUCUGCAAUUCUAAUAACGGUCAAAUUUCGAGAUGAGAAUACCACAUGUGAAUAUUUAAACAGGUACAUUUUUCCUCCGCCCAACCGGCGAACAUGCAUGCCACCUCUAAAGCCAGCCUUGUGAUUCCGAAAAAACAACGAGUAAUGCAUGGUCGUUAUGCGCAUUCUUUGUUCGAGAAAUCAAUAACACAUUGAGGGUUAUGACAACCUGCUGCAUGGAGAUGACUCAAACAUCCUCCCUACAAAGAAUCUCUCAAUGGCAACAAACGCUGUUUUGAUUAUAAUUGCAGAAGUAAAGAGGUUCAUUCUUUUUGCUGACGCAGACGACAAAUCAACAAAUAUCAUUUCACUGGAUGUAAGCUACUUCGUCGCUCAAACACUAUUCAACCAUGUAGGAAAUCAGCGUCCUAUCGCUUUGGACUAUGACCCUGUCGAAGAUCGCGUGUACUGGUCGGAUGUUGCUCAAGGUCUAAUCGUCAGCGCUUUUGCCAAUGUAACCUCAUUGAAAACCCUUUUUCGUUGUAAUAUCCUAAGCCCCGAGGGUUUAGUAAUUGACCAUGUAGCACGGAACAUUUACUGGACCGAUACUGGAACUAAUAGAAUUGAAGUAGGGCGUCUUGACGGAUCAGGUAGGAAAAAAUUGAUCAAUACUGGACGUGAUGAACCAAGAGCCAUUCUGCUGGAUGAAAGAAAUGGGUAAGUAACGAGUUUUUUAAGACUGAAAUAUUUUUGCAUCCGCUGGUGAACGCGUUGUUGCGGAAACAGCAAAGAAGUAUCAUAAGUAGUAAACGUAGCCUUUUAGUUGUCCACGGCUUUGACACAAGCUAACUACUACAAAUGCUCUUACCCAGUUGAAUGGACUUCAAAAACAGGAAGAAUCUGACGAUGAUCUGAAGAAAUGUCGACGUAUCCUUAUGAUAUAUAAAAUGCAAUCAUCCAUCUAUUUUGCAAUAACUGUUAGUUAAGAUAUACUUUCAAAGGCUAUUGGGCUGUGUUAGCCGCUAAACCUUAGUGAACUUUGUCAAAAAAAUUCUUAAUAAUGUUUGGAAUAAAUAAUUUCUUUUAGUAUGAUGUAUUGGACGGACUGGGGCGCCAAUCCAAAGGUAGAGAAGGCAGAAAUGGAUGGCUCGGGUAGAAGGUCCAUUGUUACGGGAAAUCUAGCCCGGCCAAACGGACUUACCUUAGACCAGACUACAAACCGUUUGUUCUGGGCAGACGCGAAACUAGACACUAUAGAGAUGUCUGAUCUGGAUGGAGGAAACCGACAGACUGUUUUACCAUCUACAGCUGGAAUUCAUCCUUAUGGAUUAGCAAUUUAUCAGGACAUUAUUUACUGGACAGAUUGGAAUAGCCAGAGUGUUAUAAGUUAUAAUGCAACUAGUGGUCAGAUGAACGUGGUGAUUCCUGAUCUACAGAAGCCGAUGGACAUUCACGUGUUUGAUCCUUCCUUGAUAUUCUCAGGUAAAAGUACUGCCUCUUUCUUAUCUUCUCUGAGUUAGCAAAUAUUCAUAAAGGCAAUCACUUACGGCCGGACAUGUAUGAAAAAAAGUCUUAUAAAAGUCAGCUACAUCAUUGGACCGUUACAUUUUGUCUCAAGUGUGUAAUUUGAAGUAAUCGUGAUAUUUGUAGUUUUACCGAUAGUCCUUCCUGAUACUGUUCAAAAAGAUAAACUUUGUGGUGAAAGGUUUAGUAAUUCUUUAGCUGAUGGUGUUUCUUAUCAAAGAUGGUAAUAAAUGAUUCGAGUUGCUCAAGAGGCUUGGAAAUGACUCUCAGAAGUAACCACUGAUCUAAAUUUUGAUGAUGUUUUAUUACUUUUUAUUAUCAUUUACUUUCUGUUUAAAGGGCCACAUUCCUGCUCGCAAAACAAUGGCAUGUGCAGUGAUUUGUGUCUUUUAAAGCCAAGAGGAUACCAGUGCGCAUGUCCGACGGGAAUCGUUCUUAAAGAGGACGGAAAAAAUUGCGACUAUGGUGAGGCUACUUAUUCGAUGUUUCAAGCAUUACGAAGGCGGGGGGGGUUUAUCAUUGAUCGUGCACAUCAAGAAAUCUUCUUACACUUCCGUGGAGAAGAAGAGAUCAGCUUUACUAAUUUCGAAAAGUAGAAAUAAGAGCAACAAGUUGUAGUUUAUGGUCAGUGUGUACACCGUACUUUGGAUUUCCCACAUAUCGUUUCUGGGUUUCAUAAGUAAACUUUAUUCACAAAAAUAAGGUCUAAAGCGAGGUCAAUCAUUAGAAACAUCUCUUUGGGUUUUAUUUAUUUAUCUAUUUUGUUGUUUAUUUUUUGCCUUAAAGAUUUGUUCCAAAAGACAAGCGAUGAACUUUUUUUGCUCUUCGCCGAAGCGAAUCAUGGUGAAAUUUACAAGGUUCCUUUAGCAGUGGCGAACACACCUUGCUAUCUGCUUCAAAUCAACAUAAAUAUCUCCAGGCCCGUGGCUGUUGACUACGACCCAGUUGAGGGUAAAAUCUAUUGGACAGAUGUGACCCUGAAACUGUUGGCAAGAGCAUUUCCAAACGGAUCGUCAGUUGAGGUCAUAGCGCACACUGACGUAGUAACACCGGGUGGCCUUGCAGUAGAUUACAUUGGAAGAAUUCUCUACUGGACUGAUACUGGAACUAGCAAACUUGAGGUAGCACGACUAGACGGAUCAUUUCGGAAAAGCCUUAUCACAACAGGGAUUGAAAAUCCAAGAGCUAUAAUUCUAGAUAUACCUGAGAGGUAAUCAAAGCUUUUGUUCUUUUGAUUCAAUUUGCAGUACACUUGUCUUGAUAUUUCUCAAAUUAAAGAUACACAGAAGAAAAACAGUUCUCAAGAACCGGAAAGUUUCUAGCUAUCAGAAAAGGGAGGGUUGUCGCAUUUAAAAUUUUCGUUGAUCUAGAGAAAGCCUUUACGUCAUCGUAAUUGUGCUUUUCUAUACACACCAAUAUUAGUACUAUAGCCUCCAACUGGCACGAUAUUCGUCCUUGGACGUUGUUUGUAUUUAGAAACAGAAAGUCUUCCAGGGCGAAUCUUGAAGAAAGCUGUUUCCUUCGAAGAACAGAUAACAAUUAAGGAUAAGUAUACCUCUAUUACAAGCAAUACUGAAGCUAUGAAAGUUAUCAAGUUAAAUUCAUUCAUCGUGAAUUAGCUUUUUAUCGAUAAAUGGUAAAUGGUGAUAAAAGCACUGUGAAACAUUUAUUUUAGACAAAUGUACUGGAGUGAUUGGGGAUCAUCGCCAAAGAUUGAGAAAGCUAACAUGGAUGGCAUGGGUCUGCCAGGACAGUUAUUGUAA